UAUAAAAGUCGAACGGCAGCCAAGGGAUGAGCCAGUUCUCGAGAGAAGCUUUCCGCUGUGGAUAUCGUCGCUAAAAAUGGGCAGAUGCAGCAACAGGCUCGGCGGAUUCACGCCAACCGCAAUUUUGUUUUUGAUCUCGGCCAUGGUCAUCGGACUCGGAGCUGACACGGACGCAGGGACGUUCUUCUUGAAAGCGACCAAAAACGUGCCCAGGAUUGGACGGCGCAGCGGCGGCGGUGAGGGGACAUGGUUCAUCAAAUCAGGAGGAAAAAAUGUGCCCAUGAUGGGAAGAAGAAGCGACAGCACUUGGGCUUCAAAAGACGGUUCCCUGCCCUGGUCAAGCAGUAGACAGGAAUUAAUCCCCAAUAGGAUUGCACGCAUUGGACCGUCCAGUCUGGCUACCCUGUGGAACUCCCCUAUGCGCAGCCAAAUCCCUAACACUCGCACUCGCAACGUCUAUGAAGCCGAAAGCACCCCGGAUUCAUCAGAGGAGAACGGACUGAUGGGGCCGCGUUACGAUCUUUUCGACAACUCGCAGGCUGACUCUUCGUCUGAGGAAAUUGAAUUCUCCACUGCCCAGAUGGUGGCGCCGCCGCCCUCGCAGCAGUAUCAGCGACUGCCGCAGGAGGGUGGAUACCGCCCCCGCCGAGAGGGCCAGCCAGAAAAGUGAACGCGACGUCUGCCAACCUACAAGUAUUCUAUACUGCUUUGUGGUGCCUUACAAGGUGAUCAAUUACCGCAGCUUUUUAACACUAUAUACACACGUAACACAUGCAUAUCGCAAGAGGGCGAAAUAUGAGAUAUAUAAAAGCGCCGUUGAACAUGGGGACUUGGUCUACUCGCAGCUGUACCUGCUGUAUUGGUGAAACCGCAAUUUUUAAAUAGGUAUAGAUGUUCCGUUUGAAGUUUUGCUCUCUUUAUAAUAUUGUAAUUAACAUUGAUUUAUUACUUGGAAGUGUGUGGAGCAUAUUAAUCCGAUUAAUUCAUUCAAAAUGAAUAAAAAGUACAUAUUCUUAUAAUGUAA